AGCUUAUGUUUAGUACUCCUAAUUAGCAUCCAAACAUCCGAUGUGACAGGUGUUAAAUUUUAAUAGGGUGUUCCCAAACACCCCCUAAACAGCAGUAAAUGUUUUCCUUCUUCUUCUUCUUCUCAUGUAUGGGUUGGAAAUUCUACAUGCAUUUUUGUUAGCCAUGUGUCAGUUCAUAGUUGAGGUUGGGUCCUAGAAGCGCCACGAAUGAGAUGCAUGUGCCGGAGUCCGGGAACAGUAGCGGUAAGCUGCUAGCGUCAAAGCUCAGUUGGGAAAUCAGGUUGUGAAUGAAGGUGCAGAGCUUUGUUCAGGAGGGGGAGGUUCUGUCAGCGAGAGUACGACUUCGGCCGAUGCAGUUUGAGACGGAUGCUCUCAAAUCGAGAUUCUUUGGUUUGGUGCAUGCUUAGGUCAUUAUUGUCAGGGUUUUAUUUUCAAAUCGUUACAUGAUUUUUAUUGAUGAAUGGAACAAUGCCUCAAAUGUACAAUUUUAUUUUAUGAUUUUUUAUAGACUACUAGUUAUAGACUUCGAUUGCGAUACAGUGGGAAUCGUCGAUGACAUUUGAAUACUAUGUUUCGUAGCUUCUUUCUAUAUUUUCUCUUAAAUUUGAUGACGGAGAAUAGAUGAUCCACCCCCAGCCCUCGUGCGGGGAGGAGGAGUGGGCCCAACCCACCGCCAACGCAACGUUCCUCUCCGCACCGCAGAAGGGACACCUCUUCGUCUCGCUCGUCUCGUCUCGCCCUCGCAUCAAAUCCUUCCUCCUCUCCGCCGCCGCCGCCACCUCCGCCUCCCCAACGCGAGCAAGGAUACAUAAACAAAAGGAACCAUGGAUGCCCACAGUUUUUACCACGAUGAUUAUCUUCAAGAGAACAUCCUGUUACGUGGAGGCGAACGGGUCGUACGGGCAAGUGCUGGGGAGAUUCUGGCUCGUGUGGACCUCGAGAUCGCCUUCGGCCUCGAGAAGCUCCUAAACCUGGAGAUGCUGGUCAUGGAGAUCGCUCGCCGAGCCGCUGACAUCGAGCCUCUCAUGCGGGACCCUCAGUCCAUUUCUGCCGAGUCGAUUGACGAGGCUUUCGAAUUCGAUGUCCUGUAUGGCAUUGUAGACUCUGAAGCCAAUGAGUUGGAGAAGCUAGUUGGUUCUAUCCGAACGGAUAUUGCAAAUGCUGAAAGCAAGGUUUCGGAGGAAGGACCAGGGACCAGGGUCAAGGACAAGCUGCAUGCCGCAACAGAUUCCCUGAAGCAGAUGCAGGAGCUCAUCUCUACUAUUAGAAGGGAGUCCGCGACCUUUGAGAAAACCAUACAACCUUCACACGAUAAGCAGGGAAAUAGCGAGGACGUGGGAUAUGAAAAUGGUCACAUGUCACCUCACCCUGCUAUGCAGUCCAAGGAUCAGAGACAUGUUCUGCAGAUGUUACAACAGUCUAUAGCAAAUGAAUUAGAUCUUCAAAAGAAGAUAUUCAAUUCGCAGUCUGCUGUGGAAGAUCUCAAAAUGAAGCUGCAUUACGCAGAACAAAAAUCUUAUUUCUUGGAGGAAUCCAUCGAAUCUCUUUAUGAAAGAAUGUUCACAGCAGAAAAUGCUUCCCAAUUGUUUCUUGGAACUUCAAAGGAACUCAUUGGUAAAAUUACUACCAUCCAGGUCUCUUUAAGCGCUUCAGUUCACAGGGAAGAUGAUCUUAAAUCAAAGUUGGAGGAAAGCUUGAUGAAAUUAAACGCCAACCAAAGCACUAGGGAGAUAUUGCCUGGAGACAAUGACAACAAUACCAGUCAGGAGGCUGUGGAGAUACAGGUGUUAUCACCUCCUGAAUUCUUGACUUUGCGGAAUAAGGUUCAGCAGCUGGAGGAAUGGUUGAGGGACUCUGGCUCUCAUCCGCAGUGGUCACUGCUAUCAAGAGGGGCAACUGAAGAAGAGCAGAGUACGGCGCAGUCUGAGAUAAACACAUUUGGGAAUAUUAUCAGUGAUCUUAAACUUGCCAUUUCCAAUGCAGAAAGUAGAACACAAAAGGCUGAAACAAGGUGUACACAGCUCAAUCAAACUAAUGUUCAGCUUACUGGGGAGCUGAACUCUCUUAAAGUUCAGGGGUCAGAUAGGGCUGGCUUAUUGGAGACAAAACUGAAGGAAUCAGACACUCAAUUGGAGCAUGCAAGAGCAUCAGUUGAUGCUAUUGUUGAACAACAGGGAAUGCUAAGAUCUUCAAUGUCUGAUAUGGAACAGAUGAUUGAAGAUCUGAAGGAAAAGUAUUUGAAAGCUGAAACCAGGGCUGAGAAUGCUGAGUCCAAAUGUUCAUUGUUGACAGACACUAAUUUAGAGCUUAGUGAAGAGCUGUCGUUUCUGAGAGGUCGAGUAGAAAGUCUAGAAAACUCAUUGCAUCAAGCCAACCAACUGAAGGUGUCCACUGCAAAAGACAUUGGUAGUAAAACUAAAAUUAUCACUGACUUGGUUGCAAAACUUGCCUUGGAAAGAGAACGGCUUCAUGUACAGAUUGUUACACUGACAAAAAAGAACAGUAUGUUAGCUCAAAAAUGCAAAGAAAAUGUUGACAAAGCUUCGUUGAGCAAAGAAGCUACUGAUGUUGCCAAAGGUGAAAUCAGGCCCAGUAAAGCUACGGAGGAAGCGGCUCUAACUUCUUCACCAACACAAACCAAGGUGAUACCAACUGGUAACUCUCCCCAAGAAGAGGUUGAAAUCGAUGAGGUGACUCCACUGGAAGGUGAAUCUCGUGCCGAGAGCACACUCGAGACAGUGCGGUGUAUUGAGCCGAAGCUGCUAAACUGGAAGUACAUUUUGGCUGCAGUGCUGGCCUUGGUUGCUGUCAUCCUCGUGUACCAGCUGUACCAAUCUGACGAUGGAGUUGAACAAUUGUUCAGGCGAUUUGUAGGGUAGGAGUAUAUAUUACUAGUUAGAUAGAAUAAGGGGGUGUUUGGAUAGCAGGUGCUAAAUUUUAGCACCUGUCACAUCGGAUGUUUGGACACUAAUUAGGAGUA